AUGGGAGCGGCGCCGAUGGCCUGGGUGCUCUGGAGCCGGUACCUGACCAUGUGCCCGACCGAUCCCGGCUGGCCGGAUCGGGAUCGCUUCGUGCUUUCCGCGGGGCACGGCUCGAUGCUGCUGUAUGGACUCCUGCACCUUGCCGGCUAUUCGGUGAGCCUCGACGACAUCCGGAGCUUCCGGCAAUGGGAAAGCCGCACCCCGGGACAUCCGGAACCCUUCGCGACUCCCGGGGUCGAGGCCACCACCGGACCGCUGGGGCAGGGCGCGGGGAACUCGGUGGGCAUGGCGAUCGCGGAGCGCGCGCUCCGGGCGCGGUUCCCCGGGCUGGUGGAUCACCGGGUCUUCGCGCUGGUGUCCGACGGCGACCUCAUGGAAGGCGUGUGCUGUGAGGCGGCUUCCCUGGCCGGCCAGCUCGGACUCGGGCGGCUGGUCUGGCUCUACGACCAAAACGACGUCACCCUCGACGGGCCGGCUUCGCUGUCCUUCUCGGUCGAGGACGUGGCCGCCCGCCACCGGGCGCUCGGCUGGCACGUGCAGACCGUGGCCGACGGCAACCACGACCUCGACGGAAUCGACGCGGCGAUCGCCGGUGCGGUGGCGGAGACGGAGCGGCCGUCGUUGAUCGUGGUGAAGACGACCAUCGGCUACGGCGCGCCGACGAAGGCCGGCAAGGCGGCCGCCCACGGGGCUCCGCUGGGCGCCGAAGAGGCGGCCGCCGCCAAGGCGGCCCUCGGGCUCGAUCCGGAGACCUUCUUCGCGGUUCCGGCGGGAGUGCGCGAGCGGUGUGCAGAGCGCGCCGGGGAAGGGGAGGCGGCUCGCAGCGCCUGGUACGGCAGGCUCGAGCGGGCCCGGACCGAAGCCCCGGAGCAGGCCGCCGAGUUGGAACGCCGUCUCGGGAACGGCUUGCCGGAAGGUUGGGACGAGGGGCUUCCCGCCUUCGGUCCCGGGGACCGGCUGGCCACCCGCGACGCUUCCGGGAAGGCCAUGAACGCUCUGGCGGCGCGCAUCCCCGAGUUCUUCGGCGGCGACGCCGAUCUGUCCUGCUCGACCAAGACCGCGCUGGUCGGUUUCGGUUCCCAGUCCCAGGCGACGCGAGCGGCCGCAACCUCCACUACGGAGUCCGCGAGCACGCGAUGGCGGCCGCGGCAAACGGAAUCGCCUACCACGGCGGGUUCCGCACCUUCGCUUCCACGUUCUUCUGUUUUGCCGACUACAUGCGCCCCUCGGUGCGGCUCGCGGCGAUUUCCGGGCUUGCCGGUGGUCUACGUCUGGACCCACGACUCGGUGGGCGUCGGGGAAGACGGCCCCACCCACCAGCCGGUGGAGCACCUCAUGUCGCUCCGCGUCAUGCCGAACCUCCACGUGGUGCGGCCCGCCGACGCCAACGAAACGGUGGAGGCGUGGCGGCACGCGCUUCGCCGCACCGAGGGCCCCACGGCGCUGGUCCUGACCCGGCAGAAGGUGCCGGUCCUGACCACCCCGAACGGGCCGCCGGUCUCCAGCGCGGCGGUUACGUGCUCCGGGAACCGGAUUCCGCCCGGCAGGCGGUGGUGA